AGGACCUAAGGAGAGACACCUCUUUGAUUUCAUCUUACAAUGGAAUUUAAAAAGUCACCUGAUGGUGGAUGGGGCUGGGUGAUUGUGUUUGUCUCCUUCUUCACUCAAUUUUUGUGUUAUGGAUCCCCGUUAGCUGUUGGAGUCUUGUACGUAGAAUGGUUGGAUGCUUUUGGUGAAGGGAAAGGAAAAACAGCCUGGGUUGGAUCCCUUGCAAGUGGAGUUGGCUUGCUUGCAAGUCCUGUCUGCAGCCUCUGUGUCUCAUCUUUUGGAGCAAGACCUGUCACCAUCUUCAGUGGCUUCCUGGUGGCUGGCGGUCUGAUGUUGAGCAGUUUUGCUCCUAAUAUCUAUUUUCUGCUUUUUUCCUAUGGAAUUGUUGUAGGUCUUGGAUGUGGUUUAUUAUACACUGCAACAGUGACCAUUACGUGCCAGUAUUUUGACAGCCGUCGAGGCCUUGCACUUGGCCUGAUUUCAACAGGUUCGAGUGUUGGACUUUUUAUAUAUGCUGCUCUGCAAAGGUUGCUGAUUGAAUUCUACGGAUUGGAUGGAUGCUUGCUGAUCGUGGGUGCUUUAGCUUUAAAUAUAUUAGCUUGUGGCAGUCUAAUGAGACCCCUCCAGUCUUCUGAUUGUCCUUUGCCUGAAAAACCAGCUGUGGAAAAUGUUCCAGAGAGAUACUCCAUUUAUAAUGAAAAAGAAAAGAGCCUGGAAGAAAACAUAAGCAUUCUUGAAAAGAGCUACAUUAGUGAGGAAAAAUGCAAGAGUACUUUAGCCAAUGGAGACUGGAAACAGGAGGGCCCACUUCAUAAAAACCCAACAACAAUGAUACACACAAAAGAGGCUGAAACGUACAAAAAGAAAGUUGCAGAACAGACAUAUUUCUGCAAACAGCUUGCCAAGAGGAAGUGGCAAUUAUAUAGAAACUACUGUGGAGAAACUGUGGCUCUUUUUAAAAAUAAAGUAUUCUCAGCACUUUUUAUCGCCAUCUUACUUUUUGACAUUGGAGGGUUUCCACCUUCAUUACUUAUGGAAGAUGUAGCAAGAAGUUCAAAUGUGAAAGAAGAUGAUUUUAUUAUGCCUCUUAUUUCCAUUAUAGGCAUUAUGACAACAGUUGGUAAACUCCUUUUAGGAAUAUUGGCUGACUUCAAGUGGAUUAAUACCUUAUAUCUUUAUGUAGCUACCUUAAUAAUAAUGGGCCUGGCCUUGUGUGCAAUUCCAUUUGCCAAAAGUUAUGUCACGUUGGCAAUACUUUCUGCGAUCCUAGGGUUUUUUACUGGUAACUGGUCCAUUUUUCCGUAUGUGACCACCAAGACUGUGGGAAUAGAAAAAUUAGCCCAUGCCUAUGGAAUAUUAAUGUUCUUUGCUGGACUUGGAAAUAGCCUUGGACCACCAAUUGUUGGUUGGUUUUAUGAUUGGACCCAGACCUAUGACAUUGCAUUUUAUUUUAGUGGCUUCUGCGUCCUGCUGGGAGGCUUUAUUCUGCUGCUGGCAGCCUUGCCUCCCUGGGAUACAUGCAACAAGCAACUCCCCAGGCCAGCUCCAACAACUGAUUUCUACAAAGUUACCUCUAAUGUUUAGAGGAAUAUUGAAAUAUUUGCCAUUUGAUGCCAUAUAGCAAAAAUAUUUUAACAAAUUCUUAGGCAAAUUCUCAAGAGUCGAGACUGUUUUCUCAUAGCAACAUUUCACUGUGGCUGACUGAAUGAUUCAUUUUUUACAUUAUUCUGUUUCCAUGUACUGUAUAUGCAGCCUUUAUCUCCUGUACUUUUUCUCU